UCUCGUGAGGGAAAUGGGUACUAAGUUGCAACAUCACUGACGCGUGGAUAAUUCCAGCUGGCAGUAAUGGCGGCCGUUUCUCGAUCCGAGCAAGAAGAAUUUCGGAAAGUUUUGAGUAUUAUGGGAGACGAAACCACUUGUCCUGUCUGUUUAGAGGAAUUUCAAGAACCAAAAUGCCUUCCAAGCUGUGCACAUAAUGUUUGUGAGCGGUGUUUGCAGAACAUGGUUCGUAGAAACAGUAUUACGAUUUCAUGUCCUCAAUGUCGCGAGGAAUCAUUUCUUCCUCCCUUAGGGGUGUCUGCUUUCCCCACAAACCAUCUUUUGCUGCGUUUGAUCGAUAAUACUCCUGCAAGGAAAGAGAAAAAAGCUGUUGCUGAAGCAAUGAAAUUUUGUAAAGAGCAGGUCGAGGCAGCAGAAAAAGCAAUCAAGGAUAUGGAAGAUUGUUACAAUAAGGCGAACGAGCAGAGCCAAGCUAAGCGAUGUGAAAUCAACAAAAUGGCUGAUACCCUUAUUCAGUUAAUAAACGACAAAAGGAAAAUUCUGCUUGCUCAGCUUGAUGAUUUCAUGACCGAAAACUACGACACUGACUCCCUUCGAAAAGAGAGGGAAGAUGUGAGCGAUUUAUUUCAAAAAGCGAGAAGCUCCAUCCAGCUGGCAAAUGAAAUUCUUAGAGAAGAUGAAAUUGGAAGAAUUUUAAAGUCCGGAGAUGUGCUAGUGGAGCAGUUAAAAGAAAUAAGCUCAACUUUGGACACAAGAGCUCUUGAAGCCAGGAAGCUAUCUACCCAAGUAGAAAUAUACUACAAUCAUAUUCAGGUGUUAGAAUCACAUGAAAAGUGCGUUGAAAUGCUUGGGACACUGACAAUGUCUGCUACAAAAUACAUCCAUGAUGGAGCCAGUGUUGGUUUGAUUGACUAUGGCAGAUGUGGAGAAGUUACACAGACAAUUGAAACUAGUUUCUUUGCUUUUGCCAUUGCAGUAUCCAGUGUAUCAGGUGACAUUGCAGUGCUUGAUGAAGAAGAGAGACAUGUUCAUGUCUUCUCUUCACAAUUAGAUUACUUGGCGUCAUUUCGCAUUAGAUAUGGUGACUUGUGGGACAUAACAUUUUCCAAAGAUGAUGAAAUCAUAGUCGUGAACCGAGAAUGUAAUCGCCUACUUCACUACGACAAAGAAGGUACAUUUAUCAAAAAAUAUGUCAAAGCACCAAAUGAAUCUGUGAAGUUUACACGAAUUUCAACAGAUGGAAGUGGCCGCCUUUUGGUGACCUCGAGUCCAAGAGACUGCUGUGAUGAGCCUGAAGAUGAAGUGCAAUCAUGUAUUCUGGUUUACAGCCAUGAUAGAAGAUUUCUACUUAGUUUUGGUGAAGACAAACUGGCUUGCCCUCAAGAUGUUGCUUGUCACCAAGGGAAGUUUUUUGUGACUGAUGGUGAUCUUGAAUGCAUCAUGGUCUUUGACAGUAAUGGUAAAUUUCUCCUUGAUUUUGGAAAUAGGGAUCUCUUAGACCCAGUUGGCAUAACUGUUGAUGUAAUCAACAAUGUAAUUCUAGUUUGUGAUUGUAGUAAAAAUUCAAUUGUGGCCUUUAAACCAGAUGGGGAAGUGAUUUCAAGAAUUGAAACUGCUGAAGAGCCGGCACAUGUUGUACUUUCUGCUUGUGGGACAAGCUUAGUGGUGUGCUUUAAUAAAGCCCUUUUUAUCCAAAUACUUUCUCACUAAAAGAAUCAGAAAGCUGCAUAAGGAAAUUUUAAGUAAUGUAGUAUAGCCUAUAUCUGAACCCUUCUGAGAUUACUUUUUUUCACACCAAAUAAAAGUUAUACUUUGAAAAGCAUUUUGCCACAAAGAGGGAGUAAGUUGGUAAGACACAAACAUGUUUUUGUUUUUUACACGAGAAUUUUGAAUCUCAUUGAAGUAUCCAUCAUUUGUUUGUGUUUUAUUUGUCUGAAAAAAAAAUUCCUUCAUCUUGCAAGGAGAGAAAUAUAAGACUCUAAGCAUCUUCAAGGUAAACAAAGGAAGAAAUUGCAUCUAUUUCCAUGUCAUAUUUAAAGGUUGUCAGGAUAACAGGAAGCUGGAAGAAGAGUUAACUGUGAAAUAUAUCUUAUUAACCAAGUGCGAGGGCCAUACUGGGAGAAUAUCGGCCUGAGGUCUUGACAGUACGGA